ACGUCUGGCAGACCGGAACCAGCCUCGGGGCCUGACGGGAUUGUGGCGGUCUUCUCUUCCCAACUCGGAAGCUACCUCUGCCUCCGGACGCGCUCAACAUGGCGACUUCGCUGGGUUCCAACACCUACAACAGGCAGAACUGGGAGGAUGCGACCAAAGAAAAGUAUGGGAAGGAAUGCAAAAUCUGUGCCAGGCCGUUCACAGUGUUUCGCUGGUGCCCCGGCGUCCGCAUGCGCUUCAAGAAGACUGAAGUGUGCCAAACCUGCAGUAAAUUGAAGAAUGUCUGUCAGACCUGCCUCUUGGAUCUAGAGUAUGGCCUCCCUAUCCAGGUUCGUGAUGCAGGAUUGUCUUUUAAGGAUGACAUGCCAAAGUCAGAUGUCAACAAAGAGUACUACACACAAAAUAUGGAGAGGGAGAUUUCUAACUCUGAUGGGACACGGCCAGUUGGCAUGCUGGGGAAAGCCACAUCCACCAGUGACAUGCUGCUCAAACUGGCCCGGACCACACCCUACUACAGAAGGAAUCGACCUCACAUUUGCUCCUUCUGGGUGAAAGGAGAAUGUAAGAGAGGAGAGGAGUGCCCAUACAGACAUGAAAAGCCUACAGAUCCCGAUGACCCCCUUGCUGAUCAGAACAUUAAAGACCGAUAUUAUGGAAUAAACGACCCUGUGGCAGAUAAGCUUCUAAAGCGGGCUUCAACAAUGCCUCGCCUGGACCCGCCAGAGGACAAGACUAUCACUACACUCUAUGUUGGUGGUCUGGGUGAUACCAUUACUGAGACAGAUCUAAGGUUUGUGGAUAUAAACCUCUUAUGA